UCGUCGGUGUCGUCGUUGAGGCGUUCGAUGGCGGCGAGUCAGAUAACGCCGGCGGGAUUCGUUUCGUUGCUUUUGGGAAUUUCGAUGGCUCUGAUGUUGUGUGGUUCGGUUACGUUUGUGAUUGGGUUUAUGUUGUUGCCGUGGAUUCUUGGGUUGGUUAUGGUGUUUUAUGUUGCUGGUGUUGUUUCGGCUAUUUCUGUUUUGGGUCGGUCCAUUCUUUGCUUCGCUUCGCCGCGUAAGGGUUAUCCUGAGUGGAAAUUGUUAUGAUGAGAUAAAUAUGGUGUUGAGUAGUACGCACGAUUCAGACUUUGUGCAUGCUCAUGCACCCAAUAGAACAAUGAAAGAUUACAGAACUGCUCAUGCACCCUCUAGAAAAAUGAAGAUUACAGAAACCGCUCAUGCGCCCUAUAGAACAGUGAAGAUUACAAAACUUCUCUUACUAGAAGCAGGAAUAAUGGAAAAAGCCCCUUUUUUUUUAUAAGUUACCAUAAUUUGAGUGGGUAUGGCUUCUCUUUUAACAUACAAUAGUGAUGUAAAAUUCAAAAGCACUUAAAAUAGAGAAGUCAUUUCUGCCUUUUGCUUCUUUCAAUUGUUUUUAUCUAUAUCUAUUGUAACAUCUGUAAAUUAUAGUUUUUAGGAUUCCCUUUCUUACAUUUCCAAACAUGUCAUAUAUACAAUGUAUAGAAAGGUAAUACAUGAUUUACCUCAAAGAAAACAGAUUUCGGAUGAGAUGGUUGUUAUAGAUUAAGCAUUUGAAAUGAUUUCAUUAUAA